CUAAAAACAAGUUUCCACACAGUAAAGAAAGGAAAGCGGCCACAGAGGCAGAGAGGGAAUCUCCGGUGAGCAGCUUCACUGAUGUUGGCCCAGGAGUAAAAACAAGACAUGCAUUCUGUGGGCAAGUCGUGGCUGCUGCUUACGGGCUUCGUGCUGUUUUAUAUCAUCUACCUGCUGUUCGGGGCCCUGGUUUUCUCCAGCAUCGAGCGGCCAGUGGAGGACAAGCUGCGACAUGACAUGGAAACCCUGAAGCAGCAGUUUCUGAACCAGAGCUGCGUCAACGCCGCGUCCCUCGAACUCUUUCUGGUCAAAGUGUUGUCAGCCAACAAGUACGGCGUCUCCGUCCUCAGAAACUCCUCCGGUGCUUCUAACUGGGACCUCACAUCCUCCAUGUUCUUCGCCAACACUCUAGUCACCACUGUAGGUUAUGGCCACACCACUCCUCUGUCUGACACUGGGAAGGCCUUCUCCAUCCUCUACGCCCUGAUAGGCGUUCCCUUCACCAUGCUGGUGCUCACCGCCUGCGUCCAGAGGCUCAUGUACCCUCUGGUCCUCGCUCCAGUCGGCCUCCUGCAGCGUUCAGGCAUGGAGCCUCGGCCGGCGACCGUCGUCCACUUCGUGUUGCUUCUGGUUCUGGUGGUGCUGUGUUUCUUCAUCGCUCCGGCUGCGGUGUUCAGCGCGGUAGAGUUGUCCUGGUCGUUCUUGGACGGCAUCUACUUCUGUUUCAUCUCACUGUGCACCAUCGGGCUGGGGGAUUUCGUUCCAGGGACACAGCCUGGGCAGAGAAACAAGCAGCUGUAUCAGGUCUCUGUCAUGGUCUACCUGUUUGUGGGUCUGAUGAUGAUGUACCUCCUGCUGCGCACCUUCCACAAAAUGGCUGACCUGCACGGCUUGACCACCUUCCUGCAGCUGCCGCGCUGCGAGGAGUCUGAACAGGACGAUGACAGGGAGCCCAUCAUGGAGAACAAAUAUGAAGACCAGGCGUCCCCUUAUGUGACAGAAAAGGCUGCCAGUAAGCCCCUGGAGCCGGGAUCACAGCCCUCGUACAAUACCAUCAACAAAGGCUGAGAUGUUGGGCAGGGGCAGAGAAAAGAAACAGAAGCUCUACCUCUGGCGAUCUCUUGGUCUUGAACCUGUGAUAAAGCAGGCGGACUGGCGGGCUGAAUCUGAAUUCUUGUCUUAAUUUUUUCAUUCUCUCUUAUUAAAAAAACAUCCAGAGAAGAGAGCACAGUAAUAAUGAGGAAUUGAGAAGAGAGUUUUGAGAUUCAGCCUCUGUGGGAGGGCCGCCAGACCGUUUGUGAGUGGUCAUAUAAUUAACUUUCUGCACAUUUAGAAGGACCAUCUUAACAUGACUAUGGCAACCCACCUGGGCCAAAAGGCGCAGAUGAGCCUUUUCCUCCUAAACACUGGUGUAACUGUGGUGUGUUCACCAUACAGGCCUCUGCUUGUGUGUUGACAGCCUCAGGAUCGCACACGAAGGGCUAGAACCAAAACAUUUGCUACAUGAUUGGUUGUUGUCCGAUCACUUUUGUCUUAUUCUUUUCACGUUGUUUAAUGUGCCUUUGGGUUGCUAGUUCAUCAGGACUAACAAAUCUCAUCUUUAUAUAACUGUGCUGAAACUAAAACUUGGUGGUAAACACAGUCUGUAAAAGCGCUUGCCGUUUCAACUUCAUGAAAAUUUUGUACACAUUUAAGUGCAUUUGUUUUUAUAUGGGUGCGUUGUCGUGCUCCUUCUCUUUAUAUUUCACGUCUGCACAUGAUGGUCAAAACACCUCCAGACUAUUUACCAGACAGUCCAGUCAUAUCCUCGGACUGGCUCGCUGGAUCGGCCUUUUCUUGCUUUUGCACCACUUUAAUGUAUCUUCACAAGCAUGAAUGAUCACUGGUGCUGUGAACUGACAAGUGAACCUGUUACAGCUUUAGACCACUUCCUCAAAUAAAGGCCUAACUUGGACCUAAACUGAGCAUUUCAAACAGUGGGGACGUUAACUUGAACAUGUCUCUUAUUUAAUUCGAUUUCCUGUGUCAAAGUAGUUACGUUGCUGUUCCUGGGUCUGUCUCAAAGAGCACAGAAACUACAGAGAUGCACUGUUUGCUUCAGGUCACACAGGCAGGGCUGUCCUCUCCUAUAUGGUGCUGCCCCCUGGUGUCUACAUAUAUGUAGUGCAUUUUUACCACACCUUCACAACAGGAGAGGUACAGGAGUUGAGGGACUGAACAAGAUUGUAAAAAAAGAAAGAAAAGGAGGGUAAAUAAGUGUUUCAUUGUGGUGAUUGGGGGUGUGAUUAAUUUCAGUGGAAAACCAAAUGUUGCUCGUCAAACACAACCUGUUCUGUGUGAUUUAUAGUGUCUGGAUUUGAACCAACACUUGAAAUGCACUUUAGCGUUCACAUCAUUUAUUUUUCUAACCAUCAGAGUUGUCAUCAAAUCAACAGGCUUAUUAUGUCCUGAUACUGUAACAUAAGUUGUCUCCAUCUGUGUUGGCAUGUAUGUUGUAGAUUAGUAAUAAUGUAGUAAUGUAUUCAUAUUGGACAAUCAUGAAUUAAAAAAAAAAACUCUGCCUUGUC